UGUCAGACAAAUGGCACGCCCACACAUGCUUUCCUUCUGUUUCCCAAUCAACAUUCGGAGCAGAAAAAAAUGGGGUCCUGCGUGAAUGCGCUACGUAUUGUAACUUUUUUAUUUAACUUUGCGUUCUGGUUAUCAGGAGUUGUCGUAUUCGGUCUUGGAAUAUGGCUCUUAUUCGACCCAGCUGCAUCUGACUUCUUUGCUCUUCACUCCACACAUCCAGGUGCCUUCCGGUAUGUAGGCUGGUUUCUUGUUGGAGCCGGAGCAAUUAUCAUUCUGGUUGGAUACUUUGGAUGCAUCGGUGCAUGGAAAAUGAAUCAAUGUGCACUCGCAUUCUUCUGCUGCAUAUUGAUCCUCGCGUUUUUCCUCGAACUCGCAGCUGCUGUCACACUUUUCCACAAACAAGAACACAUCAAACACUAUGUGGAGAGCAGUAUGUACGACACUAUCAGAAAUCGCUACUCGUCGGAGACGGCUUUCAAAGAUGCAUUUGACACGGUUCAAGAGAAAUUCGAAUGCUGUGGUGUGAAAACAUACACGGACUGGCUUAGCGCAAGAUGGGACGCCGAGCCAUCCACUCAAUUAGAAGUGAACGAAGAAGAUGCUGGCAGAAUUGAGCACGGAAUUGGCGCGUUCGGCGGGAACAAAGGCACUGGAUAUGGUCGAGUCCCAUCAUCUUGCUGUAAUGAGCAUGGAAAGCUUUCCUACCCAAAUAACUGUGGAAGAUCAUUCAGCCAAGCUCCGCUCAACACUUAUGCUCAAUUUAUCAAUACACGGGGAUGCGCCGAUGCCGUGUACGAAAGCGUGAGCAGCUCAUUGAGCUUGAUAGUAGGAGUUUGUGUGGUUCUUUGCAUUGUUCAACUCCUUGGAAUUGUGUUAUCUAUGACCUUAUGUUGUUGCAAAGGCAAUUCUAAAAAAUAAACGCCUUUUUUGUUUAUAGAUGUUUUUUAAUGAAUAAUAAAUGUUUUUCUCUCUGA